GACGCCCCCAACGAGGGCCGUGUGGAGAUCUUCUAUGGAGGCCAGUGGGGCACCGUGUGUGACAACCUGUGGGACCUGGUGGACGCCAGCGUCGUCUGCCGCGCCCUGGGGUUUGAGAACGCCAUCGAGGCCCUGGGCAGGGCCGCCCCAGGAACGGGCCCCAUCAUGCUGGACGAAGUGCAGUGCUCGGGGACAGAGCCCUCGCUGGCCAACUGCUCGUCCCUGGGCUGGCUGAGGAGCAACUGCAGGCACAACCAGGACGCCGGCGUCAUCUGCAUGACCGUGGCCGUGAAGGCGGACGGCGCGGAGCCCCUGAGCCUGUGCGCCCACAGCCUGAUCCUGACCAGCAACCCCGAGGCCCAGGCCCUGUGGUCAGAGCCGGGCAGCACGGUCACCAUGGAGGUGGACGCCGAGUGCCUGCCUGUGGUCCCAGACUUCCUCAGGUGGGUGUCCCGGGGCGGCCGGGCACAUGCACACACACACACACAUCUGGACCUCCACGCCUCCCCCCUGGCCACGCGGGACCCCACGCUGGAGGAGCUGUGCGUGCAGUUCCUGGCCUGGAACUUCGAGGCCCUGACGGGGGCCGAGGCCUGGCCGCGCGUCCCCACGGCCCUGCUCCGCGCCCUGCUCUCCCGGAGCGAGCUGGCCGUGCCCAGCGAGCUGGCCCUGCUGACCGCCCUGGACGCCUGGAGCCGGGAGAAGGGGGCCGCCCCCGGGGACGUGGAGGGCCUGGUGCGGGAGGUCCGUUUCCCCAUGAUCCCGCCCGAGGACCUCUUCCAGCUGCAGAGCAACCUGAGCCUGUACCGCAGCCACCGGGCCCUGUUCCAGGAGCAGACCCUGCAGGCCCUGGAGUUCCACACGGUGCCCCUGCCGCUGCUGGCCCAGCUCCGCGGCCUGAACCUCAGCCAGGACGCCUACCAGCCCCGGCUCUACACCUCGCCCACCUGGAGCGGGGCCGUGGCCAGGAGCUCCCGAGAGUCCUCCCGCCGCUCUUACGACUCGUACCCCUACCGUUAUGGCUCGUACCCCAACCGGUAUGACCGCUAUGACCGUUAUGGCCGCUACGGCCCUACGUCGGCGCCCACGGGGUACUUCCAGACGCCGCAGCACCCCAGCUUCCUCUUCCGGACCAGCCGCAUCUCCUGGACCCUCGCCUACCUCCCCACGGUCCAGAGCUGCUGGAACUACGGGUUCUCGUGCUCCUCCGACGAGGUGCCCGCUCUGGGCCUCUCCAGGUCCGGCUCCUCCGACCCCACCAUCGGCUAUGAGAACAAGGCACUGAUGCUCUGCGGGGGCCGCUUCGUGGCCGACGUCACGGCCUUCGAGGGCGUGAAGGCCGCGAUCCCCAACGCCCUGAACGCCAACAGCUCCAGGAGGGCAUCCUUCUUCCCCUGCCCCGCAGGCUCCUUCAGCAGCUUCCGGGGCGUCAUCCGCCCCUUCUACCUGACCAACUCCUCGGGGGUGGAGUAGCCGGGGGCUGCCCUCCCUCGGGGGCACACCUUCCCCCUCCCGCCACGGGCGCUGAGCCCAGCUCCUUCCCCUCCGCAACAGCCGCCUCCCACACCGGCCUCCAGGUGUCCCCCUGCUCCCACUGAUCUCUCUGAGCUGAAAGAAAGCGCCGGAAGGUUCCAGCGAGGCUCACCCCAGGCCGAGAAUCCCCAGUCCCCGCUGCCCGCUGGCCGGAAGCAAGGAGACUGGGCCUCAUGGCCGCCGGGCCUUCCUCGCCGCCUUCCCGCUCAGUCCUGUCUCGGAUGAUUAAAGUUGCACGGUGCUGCCGGCUCGUUCACGCA